CGGGACCGCCACGUUGCCCUAGGGUGGAGCUAUGGUGGAGGGCGAGGAGGAGGAUGUAGAUCCGGAGGCGACGACGCUCUUGGUGGUGCGCGAGGUGUCCGUGUACAAGAUCCCGCCGCGGACCACCAGCGCCGGCUACAAGUGCGGCGAGUGGCUCCAAUCGGACAAGAUCUGGUCGGGCAGGCUGCGCCUCGUGUCCACUGGGGGCAAAUGCGAGGUGCGCCUCGAGGAUUCCAACACCGGGGAGCUCUUCGCCGCAUGCCCCGUGGAGGCCGGUAAGAGAGACGCGACGGUGGAGAGCGUGCUGGACUCGUCGCGCUACUUUGUGCUGAAAGUGGACGACGGCAGGGGCAGGCACGCGUUUCUGGGCCUGGGCUUCAGCGAGAGGAGCGACGCCUUUGACUUCAAUGUUGCUCUCUCCGACUUCGACAAGCAUGCUGCAAGGCGAGGAGGAGGAGAGCAGCAUUCCCAGCAUUCCCCCUCCGAUACCAGCCUCGACCUCCGUCUCAAGGAGGGAGAAACGAUCAAGAUCAAUGUCAAGACGCGCACAGCUCAAAGCGGCGGCAUCAAGAAUGCAACGUCCUCCUCCAUGGCCAGCACGGGGCGGAUGGCGGCGCCUCUGGCACCCCCACCGGGGGGCGGGCGCAUUCGCUCGCCUCUUCCACCACCACCAUCUCCUGCAAACGACACAAAAAUAAAGCUCCAUCAAUCUCCUGCAUUGCCCCCGGAUCCGCUUGCAGAUCUGUCCCAGCUCCAAGCCGGAUUGCCUUCCUUGGCUAGCAAUAACAACAAGAGCAGCAGCGGCGGCACCAGCAGCAAGGGCGCGGGUUGGGCAGCAUUCUGAGUGAGCACUUCAGUCCACGACGGUGGCCUUGAGAAUCUUGACGUCGUGAACAGGCCUGUAAGCACGAGCAUGAGAAAACGCAAGACUUGACAAGCUCAAGGCAAACCUGUCGCUCUUGUCAGUGUGCACGUUUCCCAGUCGCUUGAUAACAUCCAUCCCUUUGCAUA